UCUUCAACGUGCUCCGGCUGGCGUUGGAAGUAGUUCCGGUGGUUUAGCAGCCGAGCGGAGCACACAGACCCGGGAUCUUCGUGCCGCUGAGCGCAAACACGAAUAGCGGGUCGAGUUGUGCUGUCAUGACUGUCGAAUGACCACAGCAGCGGUCAGUUUGACGCCUGCAGAGCACCGUGCAUGCAGCCCGAGUGACAGCGUCAAGGCGCCGCUGGAGCUUUUGUCUUCGGGAGGAAUUUCCAAGUGCAGAAUAAGGCGUCUGAAGCAGUGUUCAAAAAAAAAACAACUGAGCCGGCUCAUGUUCACCUAAGACGCAGUGGCCAUUGCUGAGGCUAAAUGAAGAACUUGUGAACAUGCACAAGGAAAGGACUCUACCUUUCACUUCGGUGACUUCCCCAGAUGCUUUGGCCCAAAGAAAGAUGGAAAGGAAUGGGAAGAACUUGAGCCAAGGCUGCUGCACAGCACCCAUUCAGUGAGCCAACAGGAGAUCCUCCAUACGCCACGUCGCUGAGCCCCUCACCCUUCCCUUUUGAUCCCUUGACCUAAAAGCAUCAUGACCUCUGAGCUGGAGAGUAGUCUGACCUCCAUGGACUGGCUCCCCCAGCUCAGCAUGAGGGCAGCCAUCCAGAAGGCAGAUGCAGGCCACCACCACGGACACCACCAUGGUCACCACCACCACGGUCACCAUCACGGGCAUGGGCCCGGCAAGAAAAUUGCCCAUCUGGAUCCAGGAACAACACUCGACCAGGAGGAAGCUGCGCAACACAGAGAUGGUAAACCUCCCUACAGCUACGCCAGCCUCAUCACCUUUGCAAUCAAUGGCUCACCGCGCAAACGGAUGACCCUCAGUGAAAUCUACCAGUGGAUCUGUGACAACUUUCCUUACUACCGAGAGGCAGGCAGCGGCUGGAAGAACUCUAUACGACACAACCUGUCCUUGAACAAGUGUUUUCUCAAAGUGCCUCGCUCCAAAGACGACCCUGGAAAAGGUUCCUACUGGGCCAUUGACACCAAUCCUAAAGAAGAUGCAGUACCCAGCAGGCCGAAGAAGAGACCACGCUCUGGAGAAAGGCCUCCUCCUCUCCAGGGAACUCGGGCAGACGUGGAGCAGCAAAGUGCACAAUCACAGUUGCUCAUUGGAGGAAAUAUUAAGGCAUCAACCCCUUAUAGCCUGGAGUCAGAGUCUCUGAGAAUGGACUGCAUCAUGUCAGGAGGGGCGUCCCCGACUCUGGCCAUCAAUGCUGUAACCAACAAGGUAGCACUGUACAACCCAGAGGCAGAAGGGAGUGAGAGUCCAGGGAGUCUGGGCGGCAGUCUGAGCAACAGUCUUUCAGAGCAGAGUUUGGCGUCCGUCAACCUUAACAACCUGAACACCGCCGUCAGCAGCGGCAGCAACGUACACAGCUACACUCCAGUGAGUAGCCACUCGGAGCCUUCGUCUCAGUCCCUGAGCCUUCAGCAGCCCGCCCAGCAGCCGCCACCUCCCCCUCCCCCUCCACAGCCACAGUACGGUUUGCCCGUCCCGGAGUCGCGGGACAAGCAGCUCUGUUUCUCUGACUUCGAGGACCUCAGCGCUUCUUUCCGUAGUCUUUACAAGUGUGUCUUUGAGCAGUGCUUCGCACAGCAAGGUUUGAUGGGUAUGCCCGGUGAUUCUAGCCAGCAGGCCCGGACCGCCUGCUCAUACCAGCACUCUCCCGGCGCAGGAAGCGGCGGCAGCCACCACCACCACCAACACAACCACAGCCAGGCUUCGCACCACCCCCACCACCCUCAGCAGCACCUCUCCCCUCACUCCACCCACAGCCAGCACCAGGCGCACGGGCAGCACCAACAGCACCCGUCUCUCUCCCACCAGAGUCACACUGGACAGACCUGCCCUACGACAGGCAUGUCUUCAGACUGGUACCCCAACCUGGACUGGCUGAAGGAGAGCUGCCGCAUUGCUACCAGUUACAACUGGGCAGACGUAGACCUCUCUCCAUUUCAAGGUCUGAAGGAGAGCAUGCGGCAGGCUGAGCUCAACAACUGGUCACUGGACGCCGCCCAGAUGGCCGACCUGUGUUCCUCUAUUAACCAGUUUUUCACGGCCACAGGGGUCAUCCCCCCUCAGGGCGCCGCACACCCUCAACCUCAGGUCCAACACCCAGCACCACCCGGGGCGCCGCAGCACCCAGCUCAGCCUCACGGGGCAAUGCACCCAAAGGCCAGCCAACAUAAUCAGCACGGACAACACAACCAACAUAACCAACACAUCAGCACAGGGAACAUGUACAUGGACUCGAGACAGAGCAUUUCCUCUCUGAUGGGCCCACCAGGAUAUCCCCACAUGCCUCCCAUGAGCAACACCUCCCCCGCCAUACCAGGCCAUCUCAGCCAGCUGAGCCAGCAGCCACAGCAACACAGGCUGCCGCUGGGACACUUCCAGGUGAGACGCAUGCUCACUGCAGACGACAUCCAGGAUGACUUUGACUGGGACUCCAUUGUCUAAACUGAGCCGUUGAUGGAAGAAAGGGAUAAAGAGACAGAGUGACUGGAACUGAGAGAGAGAGAGAGAGACAUGUGAUGACAGGUGAGGCGUGGAACUGGCCGACCUGCUCCUUUUCACCUGUGUGAAAAAAAAAACAGAAGACAAUCCAACAGAAAACAAAAACAGAAAGUCAUUUUUUUCUGAUCUCACUGGCCUUUUUGGUCUGUUACAAGUAAAUACAGAGUCUAAAGACAAUCAUUAAAAAAAGAGACUUUGAUGGAAAUGUCCAAAGCAAAAGGACGUCUGAAGCUCUCUGAAUUGUCUCAUGUUUUGUCAGCCCCAGUGCCAACAGGGUUACAAGUCACCAAAGUGUUGUCGAAUUGUCUGUGAAUUGUUUAAAUCUUUUGUUUCCCACUUUUGCAAAGUUUCAGCACCCUUGCCAGAAAAUUGUUCAAGCUGUCUUUCACACACAUUCAGCAUGUCUAACUAUUUCAUGCUUUGAACAUUUCUUUGAUCACUCUAAUACUGGGCAUCUCUGCCGCUGUGGGUGUUUACAACUACAGUUAGAAGAAACAUUUUUGAACAACCGAAUGAGGACGGGUUCACCUUAAAUCAGAACUGGUUGAGUGGAGCACCACCUGCUGGUUGAGAUGGGCACCAUAUAGCUUCCUUUACCCAAAAACAGUCUAUGCAUCACAAUCUGUUUUCUUUCUUUUAUCUUUCGUCUGUCAUGCCGGACAAUUUAUUUCACCAUUUUAAAUGUGUGUGUGAAGCAGUGCAUCGUGUCAUGUUCUCAGGGUGUCACACUCACUCACCAUGUCUGACCAACACAAAGCCAUUUAGUGUUGAGUGUGUGAGGUUACUGCGUGUCGUGCUGUGCUGUCAGUGUCCCUGUUGGCGGACAGCGAGCCUACUGAUGACUGUGGUCAAAAAGUCAUCAUGGUCAUUUGUCAGCUUAUAAGCUAACAGAUAUGAAAUACUGUGGAAUAAGCUUUUCAGUCGCUCAAACAACAGCCACUAAUUAAAAUGGUAGUGAGACGUUGGCUAGGCUUGGAAAUUUUCAGCAGUAAUCAACAAUAAUACAUAGUUUUCUGAGAAAUAAUUCAGUUUUUCAAAGUUUUAUAAUUCUUGGCAAAGUGCAUAUCAGUUAUGACCAGGCAGUGAAGGUCGGCCAUUAUUUCAAGAUGCCUCAUGUAGGAGACAACAAGCAGUUUUUGCACAACACCAAACUUGAUAGCAUCUAGUGAAGAGAAAGUAAAGAAAAACAGUGAAAUUUUAUUUCUUUGUUUCAAAAAAAAAAAAAACAGAAAAAAAUAAUAGAUCAAGAAAGGAACAAAGACUAAACAAAAGUUUCAAAUGCUCAACUGUUUUUUUUAUUUUUACUGUGAUGUUUAAUUUUGUCUGUGUGUAUAAUUGUGUAUAGUCCUCUCUUAUUUCCUUCAGCAUACAGCUCCGUACAGCUCAAAAAAAUACACAUAAGAAGCAAGUAAUUUGUUUGUAUUAAGUGGGUACACAGUAAAAUAAAGAGAAAUUAAGUGCUCUUUGGUUUGGAAGAUCUCAGUGAUUGUUCGAAUGGUCAAUACAAGGUCUCACUGUAGAAAAAAAUAGAAAAAUACUCUUUAUUAUUGCCAUUAAAUGCUGUAUAACAGUGACCAGCAUAUAUAUCUUGUGUGUUUGUGUGUUGUAGUCCUUGUAAAUAACCGUAUGUUACUCCUAUGUUUGCCCUUGAAAAACACAGACUGAUAUAAAGAAAAACUGCAAAUGGAGAGAGAAGUAUUUUGUUAUUUGUCCUUCACAAGACACAGUAUGUACAUAAGUUCAGUAUAUUGUAAAUAAGUGAGGAAAAAAAUUGGCUUUGGCAUUACUGUGUGUCAUAAAUAAUCUGUGUUUGGCGGUUCAACAGUUAAAAUCUGUUUCAGUGUUUAUUAAAAUGUCAUUGACCAUUUUUACUGCGCUAA